AUGUUGUGUCGGUUUUUUGUUUGCCUCCAAGGUUUCAAGGACACGGUCAACAUCUCUCUUUUGGGACUGGCCAUCUCUGACCUCAUGUCCCUGGUCACCUCACUGUGGGUCUCUAUCUGCUGGAACCCCUUGAUGUACUACGCCGACCUCCCUUUUAUUCCUGGGGACGUGGAGUACCUGACUGGAAGUAUACCCCACCUCAUCUUCACCCGCGUCACCGGGUGGAUCACCGCGUUUGUCGCCUUCGAGCGCUGCCUUUGCAUCGCCUUGCCCCUGAGAGUCAAGACCAUCGUCACACCGCGGCGCGCCACCUGGUUGAUUGUGGCCAUCUUCAUUCUGGUCGGGGCGGCCCACUCGACGGCCUUCUACACCACCGGUCUGGACGCCGUGUUCGACGCGGCCAGAAAUCGGACGCUGCUCGGUCUGGUCGCCCGUCCGCGCAGCGAUGAGAUCAACAGCGUCUCCUACUCGGUCAACCUGGUGUCCCCCUUCGGCUCUUUCGUCCUGGUCCUGGUCUGCACGGCGGUCACUUCCGCGCAGCUGAGGCAAAAAUCGGCGUGGAGGGUCAAGUCGGUGGCCGGGACUGCGCUGAAGUCGACUCCGGGGAUUUCCGGGAAAGACCAGAAGAUCAUCAAGAUGGUCGUGGUGAUAUCGAUCGUCUUCAUCGUCAGCUACCUGCCCGCCAACGUGAUGCACAUGAUGUACUGCACCAUAGCGGACGAGCCGAGCCUGGUGACCGCGUACUGGACCUACAUGAGCGUGGCGUUCUCGUUCAUCAAAGUCCUGGAGGCCGUCAACGCCAGUGUCAGCAUCGUGCUGUAUUAUACCAUGAGCUCCAGGUACCGAGCCGGGUUUUGGGCGAUCUUCGGUAAGGGAUCUGACGACACGAAGUAA